CACCUCGCGCUGGGCUGUUUCGAGCGGUCCGAACGAAGCCGGACCGGACAGCAGACUGGACAUUGAAGAGUAGGCGAACGUCAGCACUCCGUGUGUGGGUGUGUGUGUUAAUUUCCCAGCUGACUGUGAGAGGUGACCAUGCCGCUGGUGAAGAGGACCGUGGAGCCACGUGCCCUCUGCCGGGGAGCCUUGCCCGAAGGGAUCGGCAGCGAGCUGGAGUGUGUCACAAACAACACCCUCUCCGCUAUCAUCCGUCAGCUCAGCAGCCUCAGUAAACAUGCAGAGGACAUCUUUGGGGAGCUCUUCAACGAGGCCAACACGUUCUACGUGAGGGCCAACUCCCUGCAGGACCGCAUCGACCGGCUCGCCGUCAAGGUCACCCAGCUGGACUCCACUGUGGAGGAAGUAUCUCUGCAGGACAUCAACAUGAGGAAGGCAUUUAAGAGCUCCACCCUGCAGGACCAGCAGGUGAUGUCCAAGAGCAGCAUUCCUAACCCUGUGCUUGAGAUGUACAACGUGAGCGACAAGCCCCCGCCCCUCAGCAUCCUGUCCCCCUACAGAGAUGAUCACAAGGAUGGGCUGAAGUUCUACACAGACCCAUCAUACUUCUUUGACCUUUGGAAGGAGAAGAUGUUGCAGGACACAGAGGACAAGAGAAAGGAGAAGAGGAGACAGAAGGAGCAGAAGCGCUGUGUGGACGGCACCCUGCCGCGGGAGGUGAAGAAGGUGCGCAAAGCUCGGAACCGUCGGCAGGAGUGGAACAUAAUGGCCUUUGACAAGGAGCUGCGUCCCGACAGCCGCCCAUCUCACACCCUUCACCGCGGUGCAUCGUCCGAGGGCUCCCUCUCUCCGGACAGCAGGUCACACGGCUCUGACCACAUGGACUACUGCUUUCCGACAACUCCCAACCAUGUGGGCCUUGGCCACACGCAUCACGUUGCACCGCCGACCCUGCCAAGCCACCAUGUUGGCAUGGAUCGUGACUACCGCAGCGGAGCCGGGGCGUAUCGGGGAGGUACCCUCGGGCGCCCUCAUCAGCCACCACCCCCUCCCCCUCCCACAGAAGCCCUGAAUGGCACCAUGCCCCACCCCACCGUGGACUACCGCAGGUCAGAAUUCUACAGUGGUUCUGUCCCCCCAGCCCCACCGCAGGCCCCUCUCAUCCCGUCAGCGCAGACAGCCUUUGCCACACCCCCUGCUCCGCCCUCUCUUGGUGGACCAGUGGGGGCAACCGCAGGCUACACGUCACCCCCUCUUCCCACUGCUAUGCCAGCAGCAGCUCCCCCUCCCCCUGGUCCCCCACCACCCCCCCCAGGACCUGCACACUCUGGGUCCCCCAAGUGCUCCUCCCUUCCCAGUGAGGCUCAACCAGUCAGUGACGCACGAAGUGACCUGCUGGCUGCCAUACGUAUGGGCAUUCAGCUGAAGAAAGUGCAAGAGCAGCAGGAGCAGCAGGCAAAGCGAGAGCCUGUGGGGAACGACGUGGCCACGAUCCUCUCCCGCCGCAUCGCCGUCGAGUACAGCGACUCCGACGACGACUCGGAGCUUGACGACAACGAGUGGUCUGACUGAACCUGGAACCCGGAGGCGCGCACACCCACACACAUGGGUUUAUGUGUUUACAUGCAUCCGGGCAUGUAUAACAUUCACACAGCAGCACACAAGAGAUGCUCGUGUGUUAGUUUGUAAAAGAGCAGAUGCGCAGUGCUGCUCAUGCUGCUGAAGGGACACGUGGAUCAUGAGAGUAAAGGGUGAAAGGUUAGUUUUCGGUGUAGUUACGGCCCUCUGGAUGCUAGAUAAGUAGCCUAAGUGAGGUCGUCUUCCUUGUACAGAAACCGUCGUCUCUACUGCGUUUUUUAUGCGUUUCUGUAGGCUUUAGGGAGUAGCCUAGAGAUCGCUGUCGGGGUGUCCGGCAUUCCAGGCGGGAAACGUCUGUCUCUAGGGGCUGACUGCUGCUGUCUUAGUGCUGUGGCUUAGACACAUGGGCUCCAGGUUCCAUUCUGGAGCAGAGCGUGGAAAAUGUGGCUCUCGGGCAAGAGAAGUGUCGCACCUCAGCCCCCUGGCCCACAUCCUGGCACAUGGCAUCCUGCAGACAAAUUGCAGCGGAGACACUGGUCUCCAUGACAACGGCAAAGCUGAGGCACUCAUCUCUAUAGAAACACUAUCCUUAGUCUGUGUGGAGAAAAAAAAAAUAAAUUGGCAUUUCUUUAGAAUGUAGAGCACAUUUUAAUACAAAAAUUAACGAGAUUUUUAAGUCAUUGAACUAACCAAAGCAAUAAGGUACAUUAAACACUUUGAAAAAAUAUACAGCACUGUUUCACAUAAUAUCAUACAACAUUUCAGUUAAUUAGUGCAUGUUGAUUAUCAGUUAUACUUUAUUUUGCAGAUACAUAAUUGGUUGUGCCAUUUCUCAGUUAAAAAUAAAGUGCAUUUCACAGUUAACUACACGUCUACAGAAGAUGCUGUUACUGUAUUUAGUGUGUUGGAGCCGCUCCAUGGCUCAUACGUAGCAUCAACACAUAGUAAUACUUGCCCUCUCUCAAACCUUUGGAAACGUCUCCUGCAUGCUACACCACCAACGGUCUUUUUCACGUUUUCAUGUUAGUUUGCCUCGAAUAAACCCCUCCUACAAACUAAAAUCCCAGGAAACCCCUCCCACAUUCUGGUAAGUUCUAGAAUCCUCCAGUCGCAGUCAGAAUGGACUUGCAGUCAGAAAGGGCCACGGUACACAUUAACAAGGAGGCAUUCUCAU